AUAUACUAGGUUAGCUACAGUUGUCAGUCGAAGGUAGACACACUACCAGCCUGUUCUUCCGUUGCUUUAAAAUUCGUGCUGCUCGGUCGAUCGAUCCAGCCCCUGCACAGUACACACAGCAGCCAUGACUAAGGUCUUCACCAGGUCUCUCCUAAUGUACUUCAACAAGAUCGUCAGGAGCCUCAGACCCCUCGUCCAUUCGCCGCCGCCGCAGCCGGCGGCGGCAGACAACAUCGUCCGGUGGCCGUCGGACGACGAGCUGCUGCCGGCGCCGGACACCACCACGACGAGCGUCGUCACCACCGUGUGCAAGGUGGAGGGCGGCCUGCUGAUGUCGCCGUCCACUUUCCCGUACUUCAUGCUCGUCGCCCUGGAGGCAGGAGGUGGCGGCGGCGGCCUCCUCCGCGGCCUCCUGCUCCUGCUGCUCUACCCGGCGCUGCGCCUGCUCGGCCAUGACCGGGCGAUCAGGGUCAUGGCCAUGGUGAGCUUCGCCGGCGUGAGGAAGGACGGGUUCCGGCUGGGCAGCUCGACGUUGCCCAGGCUGCUCCUGGAGGACGUGAGCGCCGAGGUGUUCGAGGCUGCGGUGCGGCGGCGGCGGUGCGUGUGCGUGAGCGGCAUGCCGAGGGAGAUGGUGGAGCCGUUCCUGAGGGAGUACCUCGGCGUCGACGCCGUCGUCGCGCCGGAGGUGAGGGCGUUCGGCGGGUACUACCUCGGUCUCAUGGAGUCCGACGGCGAGGUGCUCCGGAGGCUGGACAUGGAGGAGGUGAUCGGAGGUGGGGAGAAGGAGGAGACGUGCGGCGACGGCGAUGGCCGCGUCGUCGUCGGCAUUGGUGGACGUGGGAGAUCGUUCAGUCGGAUCUUUCAAAAGUAUUGCAAGGAGGUGUACGUGGCAACCAAGUCGGCGCGGCGGCGGUGGCGCCCCCUCCAUCCCCGGCGCUACGCGAAGCCUCUCAUCUUCCACGACGGCCGCACUGCAUUCCGGCCGACGGCGGCCGCGACGCUCGCCAUGUUCAUGUGGCUGCCGCUGGGCGCACCCCUCGCCAUCCUCCGCACCGCCGUCUUCCUCCUCCUCCCCUUCUCCAUCUCCGUGCCACUCCUCGCCGCCCUAGGCAUGCACAGCCGCCGCAUCUCCUCCUCCUCGUUGCCGCCGGCGGCGGCGGCGGCGCACAACCUUUUCGUCUGCAACCACCGCUCCCUGGUCGACCCGCUCUACGUCUCCGCCGCCACCGGCCGCACCGACCUCUCCGCCGCCACCUACAGCAUCAGCCGCCUCUCCGAGAUCCUGGCGCCCAUCCGCACCUUCCGCCUCACCCGCGACCGCGCCACCGACCGUGCCGCCAUGCAGGCCCACCUGUCCCUCCCCGGCGGCGGCGGCGGCGGGCUGGUGGUGUGCCCCGAGGGCACCACCUGCCGGGAGCCGUUCCUGCUGCGGUUCAGCCCGCUGUUCACGGAGCUCGGCGCCGACGUGCAGCCCGUGGCGCUGCACUCGGCGGUGUCCAUGUUCCACGGCACGACGGCGGGGGGGUGGAAGCUGCUCGACCCGCUCUACCUGCUCAUGAACCCCACGCCGGCCUACGUCGUGCAGCUCCUGGAUCCCGUCGCCGUCGGAGGCGAGGGCGGCGGCGGCGGACCGGAGUUGGCGAACGAGGUGCAGCGGCGGAUCGCGGAGGCGCUGGGGUACACGCGCACGGCGCUGACGAGGAGGGACAAGUACCUCGCCCUCACCGGCAACGAUGGCGGCGUCGAUCGGCGCCGCGUCGCCGGCAGCCACCACCAUCAAGAGGGAGUACUUAAUGGUUAACUAAACGUCAAUGGACUCGAUCGAUGGCCCGCUUGCAUGCAUGGUGUCUACUGUGGGUAAAGUACGUGUUGUGCUUGUGCCUGGCUUGGCGUAAUUAGGAAGCUUAAUUACCCAGUUAAACAAGGUGUGUAAGACACACCCCGGUUGUGCUCAGUUGUAACUUGUAAUGGAGUUACUCAUACUGUACUCCCUCCCUCUGUCUUAAAAUUAAAUUAACAUUUUGGGACCGAGAGAGUAACUUGUACGAGACAUUGAUGUUUAUUAUUUAUAUAAGUGGUGUUC